UAAAACAAAUUUGUGAGUAAAAAGUUUUGUAAUUUGAGAAGAUUCAAAUUAUUUGUGAAAAAAAUGAAUUCUGAAAAACUGAAAUUAUUUUUAAUAUAUAAAAAGAAAAAUGAACAAAAUAUGAAGAUUUUGUUAAACUUUUUUUCAUCAUAUCAAGCCUCUAUCAUGAAAAAAACGUCGUUUUCUUUUGCAAAUCCUGGAACUUCUAAGGAAAAGAAAAGUUUUGGUUGAUGCAAUUGAAAAACGUGAUCGCCAAAGAUAUAUGUGGACAAAGGUACGCACCAGCACUUUUUGGGAACAGGAAAUGUUAGAAAACGAUGAUGAGUAUUUCAAACAACAUUUCAGAAUGAGCCGCCGAACUUUCAAUAAACUCUGCAAUGAACUAAAGGAUCUGGAAAUGCAAGAUACAAACUUUAGGAAGUGUAUACCAUUACAAAAAAGAAUAGCCAUUGCAAUAUAUACACUAGGAUCAUCCGCUGAAUACAGGACAGUUUCAGCUAUCUUUGGGGUAGGAAUAUCCACAGUAUGCAUUAUUGUGACAACAUUUUGUCAGGAAGUUUGGCGUGUUCUACAAAAAAAAUACUUGUGUGCAUAUCCACUUACUGAACAAAUUAUUAAGGAAAAUGUGAAUGGUUUCGAAAAACUUGGUUUCCCUCAAUGUUUUGGAGCUAUUGAUGGUUGCCAUAUUGAAAUCCAACCCCCUGCUCAGGAUGCUGUUGAUUAUUAUAAUUAUAAGGGAUGGUAUUCUACUGUACUACUAGCUGUGGUUGAUUAUCGUUAUAGAUUUCUUUAUAUAAACGUCGGAAGUCCAGGGCGUUGCAAUGAUUCGAAGAUAUACGAAGAUUCGUAUGUGAGACAACAGCAUCGGCAACCAAUUUUGAAAGAAAUGUCAAAAAAAAUAUGCGAUGUGGAUGUUCCUGUAGUCUUAAUUGGGGAUUCCGCUUUUAGGUUUUCCGAAUCUUUGAUGAAAUCAUUUCCUUUCAGUACCACAGCUUCCGAAGAAGAAAAGAACUUCAACUACGCACUUUCGAAAUGUCGAAGAGUUGUUGAAAACUGUUUCGGACACCUUAAAGCAAGAUUUAGGAGAAUCGGAAAGGGUCUUUAUAACCGAAUCGAUAACAGCAUCUUGAUUAUUAAAGCAUGCUGUGUCUUACAUAAUUUUCUGAAUGUUAAUAAUGAUGAAAUCAACAUCCAAUGGUUGCAAAAUGCAAACAAUAAUUCGCAUAGAGAGCAACCGGAACAAUCAACACAGGUAGAUGAUGCAAGAAAUACACCUUCCAUUAUCCGAAAUGCCAUCAAAAUGCAAUUAGCCCGGGGCCUUGACGGAGUAGCCCGCGAGGAACAAGAUGCAGACUCGGCCGACGGAGUUUCUACAUCUUCUUCGUACUGGGAUGAGGAGUACCUCCUAGAGUAACCAGAAACCGCAAAUGCAUCU